AUGCCAAACUUUGUAGCUCCAGAAGGCAAAAAAUUCGUGACUUGGGACUAUGUUGUUUUUGCAACACUAUUUUUAGUCUCUGCCAGCAUUGGAGUCUUUUUUGCAGUUAAAGAGAGGAAAAAGAAAACCUCAAAGGAAUUUUUGGUGGGUGGUAAGCAGAUGACAUGUGGACCCAUAGCUUUUUCUCUUACAUCAAGCUUCAUGUCAGCAGUAACAGUCCUGGGAACACCCUCCGAAGUUUAUCGCUACGGGGCAUCCUUUGUGCUCUUCUUUCUUUCGUACACACUUGUCAUACUUUUUACUGCUGAACUUUAUCUACCUGUUUUUUAUAAGUCUGGCAUCACAAGCACUUAUGAGUAUUUGGAGUUAAGAUUUAACAAGAUUGUCCGUCUUGCUGCAACCCUGAUUUACAUCCUACAGACGAUCCUUUACACGGGAAUAGUUGUCUAUGCUCCAUCACUGGCACUCAACCAAGUCACUGGAUUUGAUCUCUGGGGCUCUGUGGCUGCAACAGGAAUUGUCUGCACUUUCUAUUGCACUCUGGGAGGAUUAAAAGCUGUUGUCUGGACAGAUGCAUUUCAAAUGAUUGUUAUGGUGGCUGGCUUCGUGACGGUUUUGGUUCGAGGAACUAGUGUGAAUGGUGGAUUGACCAAAGUCUGGGAAGAUGCCCAUGAAGGAUCCCGGCUAAACAUAUUUGACUUUGAUGUUGAUCCUUUAAGAAGACACACCUUCUGGACAAUAGUUAUUGGGGGAACAUUUACAUGGCUAGGGCUCUAUGGAGUCAAUCAGUCCACGAUACAAAGAUGUGUUUCCUGCAAAUCAGAAAAGCAUGCUAAACUGGCACUUUACCUGAAUUUAUUGGGACUUUGGACAGUCCUAGUGUGUGCAGUAUUUUGUGGAUUGGUGAUGUACUCUCAUUACAAGAGUUGUGACCCUUGGACUGCUGCUUUCAUUUCAGCUCCUGAUCAGCUCAUGCCAUACUUUGUUAUGGACAUUUUUUCUUCGCUGCCAGGAGUCCCAGGACUGUUUGUUGCCUGUGCAUUCAGUGGAACACUGAGCACGGUGGCUGCCAGCAUCAAUGCUUUAGCAACUGUUACCUUUGAAGACUUGGUCAAAAAGGGUUUCCCAAACCUCUCGGAGAAGAUGAGCACGUGGAUCAGCAAAGGCUUGUGUAUAUUGUAUGGUGUCCUGUGCACUUCCAUGGCUGCAGCAGCAUCGCUGCUGGGAGGAGUUGUGCAGGCUUCCCUCUCCAUCCACGGGAUGUGUGGGGGGCCAAUGCUGGGAUUAUUUACUCUGGGAAUUGUGUUUCCCUGUGCUAACUGGAAGGGUGCUCUUGGAGGCCUCUUAGCUGGGAUCAGCUUGGCUUUUUGGGCUGGCACUGGCUCUUUCAUUUACCCUGCACCACCAGCAAAGUCCAUCCCUCUGCAGCUGUCUACCCUCAACUGCACACUGGCCAACAGCACCGAGGUGCUGCUGACAGCAGCUCCCUCCCUGGCUCCAGAGAGGCCUUUGCUGGCGGACACCUGGUACUCCCUGUCCUACCUGUACUUCAGUGCCAUUGGCUGUGUGGGCUGUGCCAUCACAGGCUUGUUGAUCAGCUUUGUAACAGGACCUAGUAGAGGAGAAGACAUCCCACCAGUGUUAAUUAAGCCAGUUUGCAACCUGUUUUGCUUUUGGUCCAAGAGACUCAGAGUAUUCCUGUGGUGUGGAGUGCAGCACGACAGCCUGGAGAUGGACUUUGAAAAAAAACUGCCUAAAGUUGCUGCAAACAAAACCAGAACAGAUAACACCUUCAAGAAUAAUACCAACAGAGAAAAUAAUCACCGGAUCCAUGGUUACAAGUCUGAGGAAAAUUCAUAUACAAAUAUAAGCAGAGAAUCUCGCCUCUAG